AUGUCAACUCCUGACCGAAAUGUGAAAAAACGAAGGCGAUGGUUUUGGCGAAGAAACUUGGGCGGUAUGGAACUUCACACAACAGAAACACUUUUAUCAUCUCCCGAAAGUGAUGAAAAAUCACACAAACAAAGUCCAAAACAAUAUCAGAUUCAGGAUAAUUGCGUAAGUUUUUACGAUGUUGGAAAUAUUUCUGAAAAUAUCUGGAAUUAUUCAUGAAAUUUCAAACGCAUGACCAGUCUGUUUUCGGGAAUUUUUUCUACAAAACAUCAAUUAUUAAAAUUGAGAAUGACUGAAACCUAUUGGUAAUGAAAACAACUUUUUUGUAAUUCCCAAAAGUAUCAUUUUUUCUCUCGUAACAUUACAAUAAUGGUCAUUUUUUCUCUCUCUGAAUUGACCAUCUUUUGUUUCAACAAAACUAUCAAUCUAUCUGUAUCACUUUUAAAAAGACAAAAAUAUGAUAUCAGUUCAAACUGCUUCCAAAUUUCCAUAAUCCUAAUACUUCAAAACAAAUACAAAUAAAAACAGUUGUUUUGAACUGUACAGUAUUUUUUCCUUCAAUCAUAAACGUUUCCCUGAAAUGAAUCGUUGUCGUUUUUUAUUCCUGAACUUUGAUACCAUUUUUAGAAUGUUUACAUUACUUACAAAACCUAAAUUUAUAGCUUUUCAUGAAAAAUUAUAUGACCACCUCGUGACGAAUUAUUAAAAAUCAAAAAAAGACAUAAAAAGUUCAAGGAAAACAGUUGUUUUUGUGAAUGAAGUCAACGACGUAUUGUUUUCAAAAAUCCAAUUGUUUCUGAAUUGAUAAGACAAAAAAGGUGAUAGUUUUUUGACGACACUCACUUAAAUUUGUGAUAAAUCACAAUCCAGUUGAAAUUUUUUCAAUCAAAGAAUGAACAUUUUAUUUAUGUUAAAAUAAUCGAUUAUAUUCGUUUAUGAUUGAUGGAUGGAACGUUCACAGUUUCUUCCUUUUUUUCUUACAAAAGCCAGCUUCUGAUAAGUUUCGCUAACUAAUAAAAAUCACCUUUCCUUCUUUUUGUCUAAAAUAUUUUUAAUCCAAAGUUUAUAUCAAUAAAUAAAUUGAAGUGUUUUGAUAAUAAUGUAAAUAUUUAGGUGUUCAUGGAAUUUGAAUCAUUUUUCACACAUAUUUUAUUUUCCAGCAUCUUGGCGCUUAUCAAACUGUCAGAAUUCCAAUCGACGACAGAAUGGGGGGAUUACCGAAAAUAUUGAACGUUGAGAAAAAAGUAAGUUUUUUUCCUGGGACUUCAAAAAAAAUUCGAAAUAUUUUAUUGUUUUGUUUUGUUUUCGAAAAUUUGUAAAAUAUUUUGAUAUAAAGUUCAUUAACUAAAGUGUAUUUUUCAAAUUCUUUGACCAGAAAAAUUGAAAUUUUUGCGAAUUCUCCCCCUGGAAAUCUUGUGCUUUUUGAAGAGUUGUUCAGCGUAGAAACUCAAAGCGGGAUCGUUCUCACAUUCAGCUUGAGAAAUGCUAUUAAAUAGUAUAUGUCUCACACAAAAUGUUUCUUCUUCAAAAAUUGUUUUCUCGAACAUUCUUUGAUAUUAUCAUGAUCACAAUGAACCCAAUUUGAACUCUCUUUUUUGUCCCAAUGCAAAUUUGAACCGUUCUCGCAUAAUUUUCUCACAUUUUUAACCCAAAAAGCUGUGUUAUUUACACACAUAUUUUUAUGAUUCCCCCAAUUUCAAAAUUCCCACCCAUUUUCCAUCAAGUGGGAGGAAAUAUUUCAAAAAAAAAAAUUAUAUUUUUCUGCUGAUAAGAAACGAGAAGAAGAAGAAUAAAUUCAAAAAUUUUGAUAUUUAUUUAUUCUAAUUUAUGAUAUCAUUAUGUUCCGAUUCAAUAAUGUGGAAGUGGUUCGUGCUUCGAAAUUUGUUCGUUUUCUCAUUAAUUUUUCAUUCGCUUUUUGCAGGUCUCAAGAGACGAUUUGGAUAUUCCUUUGACACAUAAAGCAAGGACCAAAAAAUCUGGAUUUUGUGGUGAGAACAUGCGAUUUAGAGAGAGAGAGAGAGAGAGAAAGAUAACAUUAAAAUGAACUUUUUGCAGCAAAUGCGAGUCGAAUAUUCAAAACAGUUUGUCGUGAUUGGAUUUUCUUGGCACUUCUUGGUUUCAUAAUGGCUUCUUUAUCUUUUGGAAUGGAUUAUGCUAUUUUGAACUUACAGAAUGGUUAGUUUUUAUUUUAAAAAGACAUAUUAUUUUGUGAAAUGUUAAUAGAAGGUCAAGUCUCCAAAAAAAUUUUGAAAAUAAUAUUUUUUCUAAUUUUCCAAACCCUCCUCCCAUUUUUUGCAACAUUUUGUGUUUUGUUUCAAGAAGAGACAGUACAGUAUUAUUCUGUUAUCUAACUAACCAAACCCAAAAAACAACAAAUCAAGGUGACCAAAAUUUUUAAGCUUCUCAAAAACUUUGCUUAUCAUUUCAUUCGUUCAGAAUAUGACUCGAAUUGAGAGAAACGUCAUGAUUUUUUGAAACGAAAAUACUGUAUUGCACUUUUAUUGUGGAAAAAGUUAAAGUAGUUUGUGAAGAGAUGUCUGAUAUACAAAGUUUAUGUGAAAAUUUUGAUUUAACAAAAAUCGAUUAAAAAGAAAAAUCAAAUUUUCAUCUCAUUGUCAACAAAUACUCAAAAUCCCACAUUUUCCAGCUCAAAUGUUAUUAUAUGAUUGGGUAAUCGAUAUACAUAUUCUACUAUCUUUACUUGUUUGGGUUGGAUAUGUUGUUGGUUUAACAGUUGCUUCUGCUCUUUUUGCUCAUUAUAUUGCACAACAAGCUAUUGGAUCUGGAAUACCUGAAAUGAAAACUAUUUUAAGAGGUGUUAUUUUAAAAGAAUAUUUGACUGUAAGAACAUUAAUAUCGAAAAUGAUUGGAUUAACUUUGUCACUUGGAAGUGGAUUACCAAUGGGAAAAGAGGUGAGAUUACAAAUUUAUAACAUCGAAUUAUCCUUGAAAAAGUUUUGUAGGGUCCAUUUGUUCAUAUUGCUUCAGUUGUUGCUGCACAAUUAAGUCGAUUAGUUCAUGGCUCAAGUUCUGGAAUUUUCGAAAAUGAAACUCGAAGUGCUGAAAUGUUAGCAGCUGGUUGUGCAGUCGGAGUUGCUUGCACAUUUUCUGCUCCAAUUGGUGGUGUUUUAUUUUCAAUUGAAGUAACUUCAGUCUAUUUUGCUGUUCGAAAUUAUUGGCGUGGAUUUUUCGCUGCCACGUGUUCAGCUACACUUUUUCGAAUUCUGAGAAUGUUCUCAAUUUCGGACUCGGUUACUGUCGAAGCACAUUAUCAAACCAAUUUUCCACCGCAAAACACAUUUUUGUUGCAAGAAUUGCCGAUUUUUGCAUUGAUUGGAUUGAUUUGUGGUUUAUUGGGAAGUGCAUUUGUAUAUAUUCAUAGAAGAACUGUUUUAUUUUUGAGAAGAAAUUCGAUUGCCAAGAAAAUGUUUCAAAAAUAGUGAGUUCUUUUGGGUUGAAAAUGAGAAAUAUUCUGAAUUGUUCAAAAGUGCCAAUUUUUGAUGAAAAAAAUCACUGGCCCAAAAUUCAACUCAUUGGGCCUGAAACUCUGAAAAGGUCAAAAAUUUAAUCAAAAUAUUUUUUGGCCUAAAAAAGGGCCCGUAAAAUUCCCAGAGUUGCCAAAAUACAAUUUCCAAAUACAGUUAUUUUCCAGCUGGAUCAUUUACCCAAUAGUUAUCGCAACUUUUAUAUCUUCUCUUUCAUUUCCACAAGGACUUGGACAAUUUAUGGGUGGACAAGAAAGAUUCAGUCACACUAUGACGGAAUUCUUUAUGAAUUGCACGUGGACUGCUGAAAAUGGUGCGAGUUCAGCAUGUUUAACUGAAAAUGGAACAUCGAGUUGGGGCGAUAAAUUUGAUAUUCAUCAUUGGAAAGGGCCAAAUAUGGCAUAUAGUCCAUUUAUAACAUUGGCUUGUUUUCAAACUGUUUAUGUAAGUUUUAUUGAUUCAUUAAAAUUCUGAAUUCAAAACACAAAUUUUCAGUUCUUUUUGGCAAUUCUUGCUUCAACUCUUCCUGUUCCUUCUGGUAUUUUCAUGCCUGUUUUUGUUCUUGGAGCUGCUUUUGGUCGAUUAGUUGGAGAAGGUGUUUAUCAAAUGUUCCCGGAUGGAAUGAAUGAUGAUGCGGGUUUUGAAAUAAGACCGGGAGUUUAUGCGGUUGUUGGAGCUGCGGCUUUUUGUGGAGCUGUUACGCAUACGGUUUCGGUGGCUGUUAUUGUUUUUGAAUUGACUGGACAACUUUGUACACUUCUGCCGGUUAUGGUAAGGUUGAAAAUAUUGGAAGAAAGAAGAGAAAACGGUUUUUAUAAAAUAUUUAUUUUUCAGAUAGCUGUACUUAUUGCAAAUGCAAUCGCAUCUUAUUUACAACCAUCCAUUUAUGACAGUAUCAUACGAAUCAAAAACCUGCCGUAUUUACCCGAUAUUCCACAUACUUCUUCACUUUAUCAUGAGAUGAGAUUGGAACAAUUUAUGAUAACUCCAGUUGUAUUUAUUGCGAAAGAUUCGAGUUUGGCUGAUGUUCGACAAGCGAUUGAAUCAAAACCAAAAGUUCGAGCAUUUCCAUUGGUUGAUAGUCUCGAUUCUCUUGCAUUAGUUGGAUCAGUUAGUAGAUCACAAUUACAAAGGUUGAUUGAUGCGAGAAUUGGAACAAAAGCGAGAUAUGCAGAGGCGACAAGAAGAAUUAAAGAGAAGUUAGCAGAAGAAGAAGCGCAACGAGAAGAAGAAGCACAGAAAUUGGCGAGUCAACGGAAGAAUAGUCGAUUCCUUGUUGUACCAGUUCAACAAAAUGGAAUUCAAGGAUCAUCAGUGAAAAGUUUAAAUAACACUCAAAACACAUUGAAUCCUGAAGAAAUGCGAAAGAUUCUAACUGACAAACAAAAACAGGAUUUGUUUGAUAAUUCGAAGAAAAAAGGAAUCGAAUCACAUCACACAAUUGGGGAUAUAUUUAGAUCUAUUACAAAUCUCAGUUUUGGAAGACAUAAUGGUCCGAAAAAACCAUCGAAAAAUGAAUUUGAUAUUUACGGACAGGAGGUAUUUUUUUUAAUUGAAUUGUUUUCUUAAAUUUUUAAAUUUUGACCAGGAAAGGGAAAUGGCGGGAUAUCGAGAAUUUCAAAAGCAUGUAAGAAACUAUUUAUGCUAACUUUAUCUUUCUGUUUUCUAAUUAUCUAAUCAUGGGGGCUUUAAUUUAAUCUUCAAAAAUAUAUGUUUCUUGGGCAGCGGGUUUAAUUGGUUACAAUCAAGAAAAACUAUCCUGUUGCUUUUCAGAAAAUUGACUGGGAAAAAUCAGUUUUGGAAGAGAAGUUGGAUUUCUCACUUCUUCACAUCGAUUCUACGCCAUUCCAAUUGAGCGAAGCCACGACGCUUUUCAAGGUUUGCAUGAGCUUUUGGGGGAUUUCUCGUUGUUGUGGGAUUUCUGAUUCUAGGAAAAAAAAACAACGUGAAUUUCAGGCUCAUUCGUUGUUUUCUUUGCUUGGAUUAAAUCGAUCUUAUGUAACGAGAAAAGGACAAUUAAUUGGAGUUGUGGCACUAAAAGAGGUAAGAAAUUAUUGUUUUGAAACCAUUUUUUCCCGUGAGUUUAACACGUGACAAUUGUUUACUUAUUUAUCAUUUUGAUUUUUUUGUUGAUAAAAGCAGGUUUAAAAAUGUUGCAAUCUAAAAGGGUUGGUUUUUUUGGAAUGGACUCUGAAAUUGUGGAAAAAUUCAGAAUUUUGUUGAUUUUUGAUUUACUUAAAAUUUAAAAAACAAAAAAAAACAAUUUUAAAAAUAAAAUUAUUAUUUUCAGCUGCGAUUCGCCAUCGAAUAUCUUCAAUCUGGCAAAAAACCAAUAACCGGAAUGAAUAUAUUCCAUCAACUUCCCGAUCCAAUGAGUAUUCGAAUCGCUCCUCCUCCUUCAACAAUUCCACAUCAAAUAGUUAGCACAAUUUCACAUGACGCGCGUCUUGAGUCGCAGAAAAAUAUGGGAUUCAUUCCCGAUGAAUUAUAUGAUGAUUAUUUGAAUGGAGACGACGAUGGCAGAGAUGAUGCGGAUGAUGAUUAUAUUCAACCACCGCUGGAAAUUAUACGAAGAGAAAAUGUGACACCAGAUGAAAUUAAUAUUGAUUUUGAAAGGGUUAAUGAGACGCUUAUGUCAUUGCCAUCAACAAGUUCGUCGUGUGUUGUAAGUUUUUAAGGGGUUGGGGAGUUCAGAGAAUCGCUAGAUUCCAAAUUUUCAGAAAACCUCCUGAAAAAGAAAUGAAAUACUUUUUUUUUGCUAAAUCUUGGGUCAAUAUUCAAUUUUCAAAAGAGUUUCCGUAGUUUCUAAAUAUUUCUUCAAAGUUUUCGGCCCAGAAAAUCCGAUUUUCCUUACCUGUUUUCCAAUCUUGAUUGUUUUUAGAGCAUGGAUUUGUCUGAAAUCCCAAAAGAAGGACCAUCUUCCGCAAGAGUUCCUUCAAAUUCAUUAUCAGUUCCAAAAAAUGUGCCACGAUCGAAAUCGGCCAGUGAUGUGCAGUAAGUUUUUUCUUUCUUUCAAGGGUAAAAACAGAACUUUUUUCCAAUGAAAAACCGCUGCUGCAGAAAAGAUUCAACCCUCGCGCAAAGUUGGAGGGUUGGGCCUAAAUUGCAAGGUUCCGCACGCUUUUUAUGGGUAGAUCAAAAAAUAUUGUUAGUCUGAAACUCACAAAAAGUUUUAAAAUUUCAAGAUUUUCAUAAAAACUUAGUUUUCGAAAAGCAUUUUGUUGUUAUCAAGUUACUAUAAAUUAAAAAUUUAUGAGUUUCAGACACAAUUUUAGAAAUUUUCUGAAACGUUGUGAUUUCUAAACUCGCAAAAUUUUACAAGCUGUUGCCGAUAGGAAAAUGCGUACCCUUUUUACUCUUUUGUAACAUUUUUUUAAUUAUUUUUUUUUAUCAACAUGUUUUGCACCAAAAUAACGUUUCCAGUGAUUUCCGUUCGAACCCGGUGAUUAUUAAAUUGCCUGAAGAAGAAGACGAUGUUCAUGAUGAAAAAUUGUGA